GGAGCUGACCGGCCGUGUUCCUCUCUCGUCUUCCUCUGCGCCCCGCGUCCCCGCCCUCGCGACCCCGGCUCUCCUGGACUCGGCGCCGCCAACCUGGGCGAUGCCCCGCUACGAGUUGGCUUUGAUUCUGAAAGCCAUGCGGCGGCCAGAGACCGCUGCUGCUUUGAAACGUACAAUAGAAUCCCUGAUGGACCGAGGAGCCAUAGUGAGGAACUUGGAAAGCCUGGGUGAGCGUGCGCUCCCCUACAGGAUCUCGAGUCACAGCCAGCAGCACAGCCGAGGAGGGUAUUUCCUGGUGGAUUUUUAUGCUCCGACAAGUGCUGUGGAGAACAUACUGGAACACUUGGCGCGAGACAUUGACGUGGUUAGACCAAAUAUUGUGAAACACCCUCUGACCCAGGAAGUAAAAGAGUGUGACGGCAUAGUCCCAGUCCCACUUGAAGAAAAACUGUAUUCAACAAAGAGGAGGAAGAAGUGAGAAGAUUCACCAGAUUCUGGCCUUAUAUUUAAUCCUAAGGGCACUAUGGGUGCUGCUAGGUUGUUGUCUAGGAUACUUUAGCCCAUGACCAUUUUGCUGCAGGAGGUAGAAACUGCUGGCCGAGACCUGCCCUGAUGUCUCUGCUGAGAUUUCAUCCCACUUGUGGGGUUUGUCGGGAGUGGGGGUGUUCACAGUACCACUGUAGCGUUUCCAAGAGCAAAAUGUUUGUCAUUCACACUUGGUUGUCUUGCAAGCCUAUAUGGAACACUGGGAGCAGAGUAAUAAACAUGACUUUAUCAACA